UCUGUCGGUCCUACUCCGGCUCCCUCUCCGGCGUGUGCUUUGAGCUGGCGUGUUGAUCGCCUUAAUGCCGGGCUUGUACGUACAGUACCGCCAGCAGAACAUUCAGUACCUUAACGCCGAGAGGUCGCCUUCAGUUCCCGGCAUCGUUCUGUCAGCGCUCGCAUGAGUGAAGCACCGAUACCUCACCCGUGAGACUCGCUGAAGUGAGCGGGAGAAAAACAGAAAACUAAAAUAAGAGGGAGAAACAAUUUAAAAGAACAAAGCGUGUGAGAUGACUACUGACAGUGAACUCUCCAUGGACGACCAAUCUCUGGCCGACUUCUGUGCCAAACAUGGCGUAGAUAUCACAUCCAAUAAAGACAGAGGUGUGUGUAAGGUGGUAAAGUGGCAGGGUGUGAAUACAGAGAUGCCUAUGAUUGGGGAUAAGGUAUACGUGCACUAUACUGGCAAGCUGCUGAAUGGGAAGAAGUUUGACUCCAGCAUGGACCGUAAGGAACCCUUCACCUUCAACCUGGGCAAAGGUCAGGUGAUCAAGGCCUGGGACAUUGGUGUGGCCACCAUGCAGAGGGGAGAGGUCUGCUGGUUCCUCUGCAAGCCCGAGUAUGCUUACGGGACGGCUGGUAGUCCCCCCAAGAUCCCCCCGAACUCGGCGCUGCUCUUCGAGGUAGAGCUGCUGAACUUCAAAGGUGAGGAACUGACGGAAGAUGGGGGCAUCGUCCGGAGGAUAAAAGUCAAAGGGGAGGGCUUCAGCAACCCGAACGAGGGGGCCACCGUCAGUGUGCACAUACAGGGCAGCUGUAAUGGACGGGUCUUUGAUAAGCGGGACGUGCGCUUUGUGGUGGGCGAGGCGGAGGACGUGAGUGUGCCCUUGGGUGUGGAUCGUGCCAUGGAGAAGAUGCAGAAGGGGGAGUGCUGCCUCUUAUACCUCAAACCCAAAUACGGCUUUGGGAAGGAAGGCAGGCCGAAGAUGGACAUAGGGCCGAACGCCGAGCUGGUGUAUGAAGUGACACUCAAGAGCUUUGAAAAGGCCAAGGAACCCUGGGAAAUGGACUUAAAGGAGAAGCUGGAACAGGCUGUGCUUGUGAAGCAGAAAGGAACGCAGUACUUCAAGGCGGCCUGCUACCCUCAGGCAGUGAUCCAGUACCAGCGCAUUGUGUCCUGGUUGGAGAUGGAGUGCGGUCUGGGGGCGGAGCAGCAGCAGUCUGUGAAAACACUACUUUUGGUGGCUCAGCUAAACCUUGCGCUGUGCCACCUGCGGCUGCGUGAAUACACGCAUGCUGUGGAGAACUGCAACAAGGCGAUUGAGCUGGAUGAGAGGAAUGAGAAGGCGUUGUACCGCCGUGGGGAAGCCCGGCUGCUGCGUAACGAGUUCAGCCUGGCGAUGGAUGACUUCCAGCACGUCCUGCAGGUGAACCCCUCCAACCGCGCUGCACGCGGCCAGAUCUGCAUCUGCCAGCGCAAGAUCCGAGAACACCACGAGCGCGACAAGAAGAUCUAUGCCAACAUGUUCCAAAAGUUCGCCGAGCACGAUGCCAAGGCCGGGAAACUGAAGAGGAAAGAUGAGAGCGGCACGCCUGAAGAAAGUGAUCUUGGAGCCAAGAGGCAAUGUCCGAGUGAGGACCAUCCCUGAGUAUCGCCCCCUGCAGGCCAGGGGAAACUGAACCAGAAACUGAACAGGGAGGCUGGCCUCCCCUACCUCUCCACAACCUCAGCAGAAAGAACCAUCAGGGGAGGGGAAAGACAGGCAGGGCAGGGAAUGACACCCCAGUCUCAUUCUCUCCCUGCCUCUCACCCCGAAGAAUCGCACACAAGCCACACAACCAUUUUCACCAGUCCCCACAGAGCUACCUGCAGAAGGCCUUUCUCUGUCUCCCUGUCACUGUUAUUGAGUCUCAUUGUUGUUUAAAUUUUUUUCUUUUUUUGCCCUUUAUUUGCAUUGCUGCUCCAGGGCUGGACUUCCACCUGACUGAGAGUAGAGAGGCAGAUGUAACAAAACCCAGUCCUGAGCCUGCUUUCAAUAGCCCUGUUGAUGUUAGCCUCGGACCAAUGCUCUUUCUGCUUUGGCAGACUUGCACUCUUCCUCUUGGUCCUAGUCAUUCUCAGAGGAAGGUGGAAGAAGGAUAGGGCACAGCUGGAUGUGUCAGGGCUGCCCGCUUUUUCUGUGACUCUUUGUGUCUAUGUGUGUCUGCGUGCAUGUCUUCUUGGGGAGACACAGUGGUUGAUGAGGGGGUGGCCCCCAUUUUUUUUUUCCUCCUUUCUGCUGGCAACAAGAUGAUUUCACAAUUUCUGACCACUGUUUCAGAGAGGUGUGCAUUUCGUUCAUUUUAUACAGGAGCGGGACAAACUACAAAGCUUUAGCCACCAGUCGCUGGUAGCCACUCAGAUCCGCACCGCUGCUGCUUCUUGAGGAAAGCUGCACACGUUCCCUCCUCAUAUCCAACAGCAAACUCCACCGCACAUGUGUUUUUGUUAUUUCCAUAUUGGGUUUAAUGUCUGUAGCUUUGGUUUACAUAACUACGAAGCAUUCUCAAGUUUUGGGAGAAGGGCUGUGCUGGUCCUUCGCUAAUAUAACCUGCUUCUCACUACCUACCAGUGCCAUAAGACCCAACCUGGCUUCACCUGGACCAUGUUUGGAGGUGAGUUUCCACCAGUGGCGUCUUGUAUUUACAAGUAAGAAGACAUCUGCUCAACUUGCUAGUGGGCAUCAGCUUCUGUGAUCAAUACGUAUUAAGGGCGGGUUGUCCGUCUAUCUUUUUUUUAGCCAGGUGGGUGGGGCUUGGUGGUGGUAGAGCAGGGGGUUCUGUUUCUUCAGACAGAAGAACCAGUGACAUGCAGACAUGUCUUGCAUGAAAACCUGAUAAUACAAAGUGAAGAAUCAAAGCCACAUGUACUCAGUACAUGUAAUCAGCUCCUACCCACGUUCUUUUCUUUGGUCCACAUCGUUCCAGUUUUCACAGUUGGCCCACAAUGUUUUGAUCGAUUAAUGUUGGGUUCUUUUGGUAUUGGGAGCACGUGCCUCACCCUCCAACUCCAUAUGAUACCACCACCAAUGUUAGAAGACCUGCAAACCCACCCCCACUGCGUACACACAUCGAGCAGAUGCAGCAAGAAAUCAACCCCCAUACCUAAAGAGGACAAUCGAAGUACUGUUUAUCAUUGUACUGUAGCCUUUGGCUGUUGUUACCGUUCUGUAUUCGAAAUGCAGAAGCACUGCCAUUAUUGUCUCCCGCCCUGGAAUAUGGCAUGGUGCCACGCAGGUUAUCCCAACGGCUGCACGUGCAGACCAUGCCGCUGUCUCAACACGGCCGCCCCCCAACCGAGAGUCCACUGAAUAGCUGCAGGCCCAUUUUGCAGCGAACAUUUCAGGCCAGAACUUUGCAUAUCUGGACAUAUUGUGCGACAUUUCUGUUUGAGGCCACAAGAUGGGUUCUUCGUUCUGUCAGUACCUUAUUGAACUUGAGUUUCUUCGCAAUAUAUUUUCUUGUAUUUAUCUUUACUUAAGGCGAUCCGUGCCAUGUUUAUGAAGAUGCGACCUACUUGCCUGUAAGUGUUUGGAGUCUAGAGAGAUACCUAUUUCCAUUGGUUGUACAGUAAAAGCUUAGCUUUAGUAAAACUGAGCAGUACAGGGACACACCUGUGAGUUAACAGCCCAACAAAACCCCAAACAGUGACUGAGGCAUUGUGACUCAACCGCAGGACGUGACUCAACACUUUCUUUUGCUUCUGUGGAGGAAUUCAUUCUCAUUUUUAUUUGUGGAAAAAAUACUUGAUUUAAAAAUAUAUAUUUCUUGCAUAAA